CGAAUGUCUGCUUGGAGAGAAACCAGAGAAAGGAUUAGCAGAACAUCAAUCAAUCCCUGGAAGUCAUCGCUUUGAAGUAUUGACGGCCAAAGGGCUUCGGAACUGGUUCUGAACAGGAAACAAACGUCUGCUUGGCUAACUUGUUAUUUUACCCGGUUGAAGCUCUAGGUAUGAAUUGAGGAUGAAUGUGAACCAGCAGCCUCCCAUGGCAUCUCCGUACGGCCAGCCCCAGCCUGGCUACGGCCAGCCUAGCUACGCUCCCUUGGGAGGCGGUUACCCCGGCCCCUAUGGACCCUACAGCGGCCCUGCUACAGCCUACCAGCCUGGGGCUCCACAAGGUUAUUCUACCUAUGCCAGCUUUCCCUCUAAGGCUGUGCCAGCUAACCCAGUCUCUGACCUGCCCUCUCCUCUUGACUUGGGAUCUACCAGGGGCCCCCCUCCAGUCUCCACCAACCAGGCCUACUCCCAGUAUGCCCAGGGAGACAUUCAGAAUGGGCCCCCACCUAUGGAUCACUCUAUGGCUCAGUCAGCUCACAGGCCGCCAGUGUGUCAGUCGUAUAGCCAAGGUGCUAUGAACUUGUCAGGGCCACACCCUUCUUACCCCCAGCAGUACGGGGUGCAGCCCUCCAUGCAACAGAUGACCAAUCAGAUGUCAGGGAUGCAGGUCGGGUUAGGCCCCCUCACCUCUGCUGGGCCGGGAUAUGCUCCACCUCCCAUCUCCGAGCCUCCAAUCAGUGCUGCCUACUCCGCUGCAGCCCCUCCCUCCUAUACACAAGCUCCUCACCCAGUGUCUGGUGCCCCCUCCCAGCCUUCCCCUCCCAGUGAGCCUGCAGCCCUCCAACCUUACUAUGAUGGCCCUCCUCCCUCUCAACAACAACCCUUCCCCUCCUCCGCCCCCCCUCUCUCCCAACCCUUCCCCUCCUCCUCUCCAUACUCGGGCCCUCCCCCUUCCAGCCAAUCUCGGGCCCCUGCAGUCUCUCGACAACAGUCCUUCCCACCUGGCCCUCCUCCCCCUGCGCAGCAAACCUUUCCCAACUGUGCUCCUCCUCCAGUCUCCCAGGCCUUGUACUCUGGCCCCCCUCCCUCCUCCCAACCUGGCCCUUUCCCACCUACCUUUGCAUCCCCUGCCCAGUACCCUGCCGCCCAGCCCCCGUCCCAACCCGGGCCCCCUCACUUCCACUCUGGCCCCCCUCCCCAAUGCUCCAUGCCACCCCCCUCCAUGUCCCAGCAGCAGGCCAACCCCCUUCCCCCUGGCCCCAUGCAGCAGCCUCCUCAGCCUGGCAUGCAGGGAGGAUACCCAACCCAGCAGAAUGGUGCGUUUGGGCAGCCCAGAGGCCCCCAGCCCGGCUAUGCAGGCCCGCAGUAUCCUGGGCAACAGAACUACGGCGCAGUCCCUGCCCCCACCCCUGCUCCCACACAGAAGAGACUGGACCCCGACUCCAUCCCCAGCCCAAUCCAGGUGAUUGAGGAUGACCGGGCCAACAAGAGCAGUGAGCCGUUCACCACGGGGGUCAAAGGUCAGACUCCGCCCCUUGUCACCACCAACUUCCAGGUGAAAGACCAGGGCAACGCCAGCCCGCGGUUCGUCCGCUGUACAGCCUACAACAUACCCUGCACGGCCGACAUGGCCAAACAGUCCCAGGUCCCCCUGGCAGCCGUAAUCAAACCUCUAGCCAUGUUGCCCCCCGACGAGACCCGUCCGUACAUGGUGGACCAUGGGGAGGCCGGUCCAAUCCGCUGUAAUCGCUGCAAGGCCUACAUGUGUCCCUACAUGCAGUUCAUCGAGGGCGGACGCCGCUUCCAGUGUGGCUUCUGCAGCUGCGUCACAGACGUGCCUCCCCACUACUUCCAGCAUCUGGACCACACAGGGAAGAGGGUGGACUGCUGCGACCGGCCAGAGCUCUCUCUGGGCAGCUACGAGUUUGUGGCCACCGUCGACUACUGUAAGAACAAUAAGCUCCCCCAACCCCCGUCGUUCAUCUUCUUCAUCGAUGUGUCUUACAACGCCGUGAAGAGUGGCAUGGUUAACAUCGUCUGUCAGGAGCUCAAGACUCUACUGGACUACCUGCCCAGGGAGAAUCCAGAGGCAGACUCGGUGGUGCGUGUGGGUUUUGUAACCUACAACAAGGUGUUGCACUUCUACAACGUCAAGUCCAGCCUGGCCCAGCCCCAGAUGAUGGUGGUCAGUGACGUCAGUGACAUGUUCCUCCCUCUGCUCGACGGCUUCCUGGUCAACGUCAACGACAGCCGGAUGGUCAUCGAGAGUUUGCUAGACCAGAUUCCGGAGAUGUUUGCAGACACCAGGGAGACUGAGACGGUGUUUGGACCAGUCAUUCAGGCAGGACUGGAGGCACUGAAGGCUGCAGACUGUGCUGGGAAGCUGUUUCUGUUCCACUCCAGUCUGCCCAUCGCUGAGGCUCCUGGGAAACUGAAGAACAGAGAGGACAAGAAACUGGUGGGAACAGACAAGGAGAAGUCUCUGUUCCAGCCCCAGUCCGGUUUCUAUAGUAACCUGUCUAAGGAGUGUGUAGCACAGGGCUGCUGUGUGGACCUCUUCCUGUUCCCCAACCAGUACGUCGACGUGGCAACGCUUGGCGUUGUGCCAGUCUCCACUGGCGGCUCAGUCUACAAAUACACCUACUUCCAGGCUGAGAUGGACCGCGAGCGGUUCCUGAAUGAUCUGCGACGAGACGUUCAGAAGCCGAUGGGCUUUGACGCUGUCAUGAGGGUCCGAACGAGCACAGGUAUCAGAGCGACAGAUUUCUUUGGCUCGUUCUUCAUGAGCAACACGACAGACGUGGAGCUGGCAGGCCUGGACUGUGACAAGACUGUCACCGUGGAAUUCCGCCACGACGACAAGCUCAGCGAGGACACCGGGGCGCUCAUGCAGUGCGCGGUGUUGUACACCAGCUGUAGUGGUCAGCGGCGUCUGAGGGUCCACAACAUGGCGGUCAACUGCUGCUCCCAGCUCGCCGACCUCUACCGGAACUGUGAGACGGACACAAUCAUCAACUUCUUCUCCAAGUAUGCGUACCGCAGCCUAUUGAACACCCCGACCAAGACGGUGAGAGACACCUUGGUGAACCAGUGUGCCCAGAUUCUGGCCUGCUACCGCAAGAACUGUGCCAGCCCCUCGUCUGCCGGACAGGUCAGUCACUCACACAGCCCCCCUCUUGGACAGCUGAUCCUACCAGAGUGUAUGAAGCUGCUGCCGGUCUAUUUGAACUGUGUGUUGAAGAGCGACGUGCUGCAACCGGGAGCUGAUGUCUCCGUAGACGACAGAGCCUACCUGAGACAGCUGCUCGGCUGUAUGGACGUAUCAGAGAGCCACGUCUUCUUCUAUCCCCGCCUACUUCCCCUGGUGAAGUUGGAUGGAGGGUCGUUGCCAAUGGCAGUGCGUAACUCGGAGGAGCGCCUGUCAAAGGGCGGAGUCUACCUCCUGGAGACGGGGCUCUACCUCUUCCUGUGGGUGGGAGCCAAUGCCCAGCAGGAGCUGCUCAGCAACAUCUUCGGCACGCCCACCUUCAGCCAGAUAGACCCCAACAUAACGAGUCUGCCUGAGCUGGACAACCCGUUCUCCCAGAGACUCAGAGAGAUCAUCGACUCCUUCAGAUCACAACGAUCACGAUACAUGAAGUUGAUGGUGGUGAAGCAGGAGGACAAGGCGGAGCUCAUCUUUAAACACUUCCUAUGCGAGGACAAAAGCGCCAGCGGAGGAGCUUCCUACGUCGACUUCCUGUGUCACAUGCACAAGGAAAUCCGCCAGCUGCUCAGCUAGGACCCUUGACCUCUGAUUCUUCAAACCUGACCCUGUCGCCCCUCCGAAGAGCUUUCUUUUAUUUACCUAAUAAACUGAACCCCUCUCCCUCUGUCAGCGAGAGGCCAGAGACAUAUACACAGCCUCGUGGCAGAUUCCAUGUGUCAUAUGACUCUAAACUAUUCCAAACAUCAAGCUCUAAAACAACUGAAGCUAAUCCACUGGCCAACGGAGGAGGUAGAGAGAGUGUGUGUGUGUGAGGGAGAGCACUGCUGUGGAUUUGUACUAGGUGUUCUGUCUAGCACUGAAGCCCGUUGUAGCUGUACCCCCCUCCCCUCCCCCCCCCGGCCUGUGGUAGAAACACCCAGUAGAACUAAGGAAGAUGGCACAAACUAGACAGAAAUAAAUGCUGUUUUCCAUCUCUAGAAUAAUUUUUCUAUUUGUCUUUAUUCUCACUUCCUCCUGUAUGUUGUGUGUGUGCUGCUCCGUGACUUUUAGAAACACUACUAAGGCAAUAGGAGAGAAGGGGCAGGAGUAUAUAAAGAGAAUCUGUGGUGAUAGAGGUUCAUCUCCCAAUUUAAAUGUCUAUGCAUUGAAUCAUCCAGACUGGUGAGGGUUUGAACUUUCACCUCUGACAGACUCACAGGGUCAACCAGCGUUGGGUCCCACUAUGACUCUCACAGGCACACAGUACAGACGAUUUGGUGGUGUGUGUGUGUGUGUCAUGUUUUUACUAAUGUGUGCAUCUGAUAAGAGACCAUUCUGACAAUGAUUCCUGCCUGUAUUUGUCCUGUCUGUGGGGGAGGGAGUUACUGGCAGUGCUUCUCAAUAUUGAGGUCAGUCAGAGAAUAACGGAGUCAUGUUCAGGAGGUAUGAAACUGGAGAAACUAUUUGAAACAAGGAAGUAUGUUUUUGUUUUUCUCUCUUUUUCGUAGCAGAACGUUUUGCUAUGUUGUCCCUUGCUGAACACGACCCGAUGCUCCAAAUACAGCUGUCUCUGAGUUGUCACCCUAAGGACUGUGCUGUAGCACAGUAGUACAGUAGUACAGAAUUAAAGCCUCCAUUUUAAAAACCUGUCUCAAAUGCUGUGGUUUGUUGGUCCAAAUCAGUUGCUGCCACUCUCUCUCACACUCACGCUUGGCACAAAAGCACUCCUGUUUUUUUUUUUAGGUCUAUGGUGGGGGGUGGGGGUGUGUGUUUCUGAAGGCAGAUCAUGGUGAAUUUCUCUACAGAGGAAAAGAAGGGUCUGCUGAUAGGUGCACACUGAAUAAUUUUCAUUUCUGAUUGUUUAUUUUCUUGUCUUUACCACUGAUUUUGUGUUGCCCUCUACCCUCAACCCGUCUCUAUUGAAUGGCCCUUCUUUCUGACUGGGAUUUUAAGUUUCCCUUUUCUUUGGUUUUGUAUUUGUCAUUGACUCCUUAAUAAAGUUAUUGUUGAAUCACAA